CCAGGCCCAUCCAUCUCCAAUACUAGUUCAACUAAAGCCCAAUCCAGCCCAAAACGCUUUUGGUAUACCAUUUGCAUUUCCAUUGAAAGAAAAAAAAAAAGUCCCCUAACUCUCCAUAGUACAACUUGGUACUUACAAUACAAAGGGAAAAGAGUAUAAGAUCUGGUAUGCUCUUGCUCCCACGUCUCUGAUUGAUUACUUGCAAGCUUCAUCUGCACUCAUGGAUCCCAACCAGCCCGUGGGUGAAAACUACGCCAAUCCCAGGACUUGCUUCUUUCAUGUCCUCUUCAAGGCUGCAGCCUUGGCAUUUUACAUUCUCUCGGCCCUCUUUAUUGAUAACUUUGUCAUCAUUUUCGUGGUGACCGUUCUUCUUGCCGCCCUUGAUUUUUGGGUAGUGAAGAAUGUGAGUGGGCGAAUUUUAGUUGGAUUGAGGUGGUGGAAUGAAAUUAAUGAUCUGGGUGAGAGUGUUUGGAAAUUUGAAUGUCUUGACCACGAGUCAUUGGCUCGGAUGAACAAGAAGGAUUCAUGGCUUUUCUGGUGGACCCUGUACCUUACGGCGGUUUUGUGGAUACUGCUGGCAAUAUUCUCACUCAUAAGGCUUCAAGCUGAUUAUCUCCUUGUUGUAGGAGUGUGUCUGACCCUCAGCAUUGCAAAUAUUGUUGGUUUUACCAAAUGCAAAAAAGAUGCCAAGAAGCAGAUUCAACAAUUUGCCUCUCAGACAAUUGCCUCUCGGUUCUCAUCUACCUUACAGUCAGCAUUCAGUGUUGUCUGAUCGUCAAAGAUGGAAAUGCAAGUUGAACUGUUCAAUUAUUGAGAUGCAGUGGAAGUUUGUACAUGAUUAUUUCGGCCAGCAUCGAAUUGGAUUUAUCAAACUUGCAUAGUUACUGAUACAGCAAAUGCAAAAUUUUGUACUUUUUACAUGAAAUGGCUUGAAUGAGACUUUGAUGAUCGAAUUACUUAGUAAAACAGUUCUUUGUAGGUGUAAAUCAUGUUUUUUCUUGUAUUCUUUUUACAUCGAUGGAUUCGGAUUUAUAUUCUGUAUGUCAACAAAUCUUUAUGGCAUAUAAUCAGAGGAUAUUGACUCAUGGAAAUUGAAGGAUAAUUAUAAA